CUGGCGCCUCUACAGCUCAUCAGCCAGGCCAGCGUUGUUUAAACUUCAAAUAGUGGAAUUUAAUUACAGCAGCGGCUGUGUAUACCAACACCUCACUUGCGUGAUCAGUAACAACAAGCACUGCCUUGUAAAUUCUGUCUCAGAUUGUAAAACAAGCGGACGUUUUGGGCAGUGACUUAAAAGCAACGUUGCCUUUGUCAUUAACACUUCCUCGUAGGAGAGACGUAUACAGUAGGCUCCAAUGUUUCAGGCAAUGGCCCUCCAUUGCGAAGAGAGAGGGCAGCUUUAUUGACUGACUGAGAUGGUGUAUCGCCUGAAACUGUAUUCGUGUACUUUAUAAAGCAGCCAGAUGAAGUCGGCGCGCCAGGAUUAAAUGCCACGGGAACACAGUUUCCUCCACUCACUGCGCAACCACAGCAGUCCUGCCAGGCUCGGUGCGCUCGGCGUUCCUGGGUCCGUAGGAGGCGGAGGUGGAGGGGGCGGGACUGUGAUGCUGGCUCCUCCCACACCACCACCACCACCACCUCCUCCACCGCCAUCGACGGCGCACGCAGCGCUGUCAGGGAGAAUGAACGGCGCCCAGGACGGGGCUCACGCGGAGCCGACCCGCUCCGGCACCACACUCGUGCGCGUCUCCCUGCCCAACAAGCAGCGCACCGUGGUUCCUGCUCGUAGCGGGGUGACCGUGAAGGACAGCCUCAUGAAGGCGCUCACGAUUCGUGGCCUCACCACGCACUGUUGCGGUGUCUACAGGGUGAAUGAACGUGGGAAGGAGAUGAUCGAUUGGAACAUGGACGUGUCAUGGUUCAUCGGGGACGAGCUCUCGGUGGAAAUUUUGGACAACGUGCUUCUCACCACACACAACUUUGUGCGCAAGACGUUCCUGUCCCUGGUUUACUGCGAUUUCUGCCUGCGUUUCCUCUUCAAUGGCUUCCGCUGCCAAACGUGCGGGUACAAGUUCCACGAGCGCUGCAGCACGGAGGUGCCCAUGGUCUGCAUCAACCUCCACCAGCUCAAAAACCGAAUCCAGCCGGACAUGCGGGACCUGACGUGGUGUGAUCACCCGAGCCCCAUCUCACCGGGCUACUUAAGCCGCCCGCCGAUGUCUGCCAUGCCAGCAUCGAGCCACGGGUCGCCCGACAUGCGGCCGAGCUCGCACGCGUUCCCGUUCCCUCCGCUGCUCGUGGAGGUCGGGGGGUCGCUGGGCUCUCGCGAGCGCUCCACGUCCACACCCAAUGUGCACAUCCCGAGCACCACGACGCCUGUGGAUGCCUCACUCAUAGAGAGUCUCUUGAAAAGUUCAUCCUCCCACCAAUCAGGAGGGAGCCACACGGGCGCCAGCCCUCCCGCCAGCCAGUCGGGCGUCGUGGGGCGGUCAAAAGGGCAAAGGUCGCCCGUCACGCGGGAAAAGAAACUCCCGUCGUCCGACGACAAGCGUCUGACGAAAGGCGAGGGUAUUGGUGGCAACCGAGACUCGAGCUACUACUGGGAGGUGAAGGAGGAGGAGGUGACGCUGGUGAAACGGAUCGGCUCCGGUUCGUUUGGAACCGUCUACAAGGGCAAGUGGCACGGCGACGUGGCCGUGAAGAUUCUGAAGGUGACGGGGCCCACGCCGCAGCAGCUCGAGGCCUUCAAGAACGAGGUGGCUGUGCUGAGGAAGACGCGGCACGUGAACAUCCUGCUGUUCAUGGGCUACAUGACGCAGCCGCGCCUCGCCAUCAUCACGCAGUGGUGCGAGGGCUCCAGCCUCUACCGCCACCUGCACGUGGCCGACACCAAGUUCGAGAUGUACCAGCUCAUCGACAUCGGCAAGCAGACGGCGCAGGGCAUGGACUACCUGCACGCCAAGAAUAUCAUCCAUCGAGACCUCAAGUCCAACAACAUCUUCCUGCACGAGGCACUGACGGUGAAGAUCGGUGAUUUUGGCCUGGCUACCGUCAAGUCGCGCUGGAGCGGCUCCCACCAGCUGGAGCAGCCGUCCGGCUCCAUCCUCUGGAUGGCGCCGGAGGUAAUACGCAUGGAGGACAAUCCUUACACGUUCCAGUCUGACGUCUACGGCUUUGGCAUCGUCCUGUUCGAGCUCAUGACGGGGCGACUACCGUACUCCAACAUCAGCAACCGCGACCAGAUCAUCUUCAUGGUGGGCCGGGGCUACCUGUCCCCCGACCUGGGCGAGACGUACGGGAACUGCCCCAGAGCGAUGAAACGCCUCAUUGUCGACUGUAUCAAGAAGAAGAGGGAGGAACGGCCACUCUUUCCACAGAUCCUGUCGUCCAUCGAGCUGCUGGAGAAGUCCCUGCCCAAAAUUCACCGCAGCGCCUCGGAGCCGUCGCUGCACCGUGUCGGCAUCCAGCCAGACGAGGCCCGGCUUUAUGCCUCCAACUCGCCCAAGUUCCUCAUCACCACUCGUGCUUAGAGACAGGGACCCACGCCCAUGCCCACGCGCGCUAGGCUCCGCGCUCGGCUCCGCGCUUGGCUCCACUUGUGCGCGUGUGCGUUGCCCCCAAACACACACAGGACUAGCCGUGCAGCCUGGAUCCAAUCUCGGCUCCUCUCUCUGCCCAUCACACGUGUGUGGUGUUUCUCACACACACACAAGCAAGCUCAGCCUGGAGCCUCUCGAAAACACGCUUGGCUCCACUCUCUGCGUGUGUGCACGUGUGUCUGUUGCACGUCUUGUGUGUUCGUGCAUGUGCGCGCACUAUCACGCGCGCUCUCUCUGUUGUGCUGCAGUGUGCGUGCAAGUGUGUUUGUUAUGCGUGUGUGUCCGGUUUGACUGUACCCUCGUGUGAAUAUUCCCUUUGGUCCUCUAGCAUUGGCGUUAGUCCCCCUGAUGCUGGCACAUGAGCGUUGGCAUUAUCCCUCUGGCGAUAGGCUACUGUUCUUGCUGGAUUGCUAGCAUUGGCAUGGAACUUCUGGUAUUGCUUUCAGGACACUCGUGCUAUUGUAGGCUAUUAACACAUGUUAGGCAGCUAGCAUUGGUCCCUAGAAAAUUUCCUUUAGGCCGCUGGCAUUGAAUUGCAAGUAUUACGUGGCUACCAGCAUCACCUUUAGUCCAUUAGCAUUGCCUCUUGGCCUCUGGCAUUGGUGUUGGGUCACUAGACCUCGGCUCCAGGGCACGAAUGUUGGCUUUACACUGCUGUGCGUGGCAUCACUGUCAAAACAGGGCAAGCCCCCUAGCCUUAAGUAUGUGUUUAUCUGAACUAAAUCUUUUUAAAUAUUUCCCUAACCUCCCCGCACUCCCUUACUGCAUAUAGGCACAUUCAUGAAAUCUGCAGGAUGCGUAGGUGGAUUAUAAAUUAUUGUGACUUAUUAUUAUUUUGAAAUUAAUAAUUAGUAUAUAUUAUACGCAUAACAUCACGAUCAACGUUUCUCACGUUCACCCGUCGGCCAAUGUAAUUAAUUUGCUUUGCGUGGUGUAUAUAUAGAGGUGGGUGUGCGAUACCGCGCGCGAUGGAGAAGGGACUGGUUAAGUGUAAGGGGAGGAAGAGGCCCUGAGGCUGUGUAUGCCACUGUCUCCAUCUUCUUACUGUCGCGUGUCUUAACAAGCAACCUCGCUCGCGUUCUCCCUUCGGCUCAACGCACCUGUGCGCGGGGAGGCACGGACACACAAUGCUCGUACACAACCCUUUCCAAAGAUGCCUGCAACCCCGUGCCUCCCGUUCUCGUUGACCCCUUUAUCCACAAUCGGUGCUUUAAUUCCACGCAAGGUUAGCUGGCUGCCUGAGGUGUGCUUACCGUGGAGUGGGAUGGUAAGACAUUAAGUGAUUAAAGGUUAAGAGAGAUGGCAGUAGGUGACGGUCAAAAUUGCGGCAGUGCAAGAAAAAUGUAAACAAAAGAAUUCUGCGAGAGCGUUGCUGCCGCCGCGCGAUUGGCGCACCGGUUGCUCCUGGGAUUUGCGAUACUGCGGCCAUUUUAACGGGAUUUCCCCCGUGCUGCCGUAGGAGGGGCUUAACUUAUGAUGUGUUCAACCUUUUCUAAAAACAAAAGGAAACGGAGGGGAGUGGUCAACUGUGUCUUGGUAGAAGACCGCAUCACCCAAAAAAUCAUUUUUUUUCUUAUUUUGUACAACGGGGAGCUGACAUUUCUUAGAUUUUUCUGUGUCCCUUUCUGCGUGUGUUCCUUGGUACAACGGUACUCGUGGUUGUAUAGGUGGGCAUGUGUACAAAUUAAAUGAGCAUUAGCGUAUGGGGAAGCUGGUGCCGACUUAAUGCAGGUAGAAAAGAUAAUCGGCUCUGGCCCUGCGCUUAAGCUUUUUGCGUGUUUAAAAAAAAUAAUCAAGCAACAAAAUCCUUUGAGAGUAAUUUGUUUGAAAGUAAAUAUGAACGUUUAAAAGAACUUAAGUGAUUGAAUAAUUAUGGAAUAAAUGCUGUAAAUAUUUAAGCUUUUACAUAUCAUUUAGGGUUUUAGUUUCACUCUUGAAUAAGAUGGCCUUGUAAAGGUAUAUAUUAAAGGUGAACAUGAGCGGUUAUUUUUGUAAGCUUUUCAGCAAUAAUGCAGCAAAAACGAAGCGACAAACCGUGCAUCUUAAAAUGCGUCGCAAACCGCAAAACAGAUAUGUUGCAGAUACAUUUUACGUUGAUUUGUCUGACUUGGUCAUGUGAAGCAGCGCAUCGCCAUCUCAAUUUGGGAUUUAAGCAAAACCCAUGGAUAUCACGCUGGAUUUGCAAUCCAGAAAUCGCCGGUUCGAUUAAAUCUCCUGGCGUGGCAGUUGAAACGGUGGGCGAGUUUAUUAAAUCUGCACCCCCUCCGUCCGCCCCAACAUUCUCUCCAACGGGUUCAUCGCAGUUGAUCGGUAAGGUCACGUGUGGUGGGUGUGCUCCCACCUCUUCCAGCGUGGAAGAGUAGACCAAAAACAUCUUCUAGAGGGGGCGCUCUAGAGCUGCCAGCGGUGACCAUGAGAAAGCAAUUGCACAGCUGCGCCUUUACCGCUGUGAUAGAGGACGAACGGUUCCCAGCCCCUGCCAGUUGCUGCUAGUGGUCACUCAUCUAGAGAUAAUGGCUCUGUUGCUGGCGGCUUGCAAACAUGUGCUGGGCAGUCACUGUGCGAGGUGAGCUUUCUCUGGUUAAAAUGAUACAGCGUGUGGGCUUCACUUUUGGCCACCGAUUCGUAUUCACGACGAGAGCAUUAAGGAUCCUGCCUUUUAUCCUUCGACAAGCAGCUAAGAUCACUGUCAGGGGGGCCAUGGUUAGACUCCGGCCACAACUGGCCCAGUCUUGCCAAGUUCAGGGGCGGGCAUAGGGUUAUAUUCUGGGCUAGGCACAAACCUAGUGCGAUGCUGUUUCGUGUUAGAAUGUGUAGGCGGCUGUGUGCGACGAGAAGCUGACGUGAAUGAAAAAGCCGAUUUCAGUCUCGUGUUGUUGCACUGAAAGGUGGUGAGGUCGGGGUCAGGUUUGUGCCUGAAGCUUGGCCAGAGUUUCUGGGAUUUUUUUGUUAAGGGACUUCACUCCCCCUCCAUGCUGUCCGUGUCCCCAAACAAAUCGUAGUUUAAAAAAACCCUUCGAUCAUUCAACACAGCACUUGAAUUUAAUGUUGGUGAGUUACACAUUGCUUCUUUUCGGAAGCAAUCUACACAUAUCAGGGCAUGGAAGGCAGGGAUUUCGGGUCCGCCGAUUUCAGUUGGAACCAUUUGCCAAGCUUCUGGCGCCUGACCCAGUUUUGUUGCCAAGCAUUAAAAUGAUAGAUGUACAACGCAAGCGCCGUUCGUCGCUUUGCCACGUGGUCGGAGCGUCACGUCACGGCGCUGUCUUUUUUUGCAAACCUCGUUGCGCGUCUCCGCCACCCAAUGUCGCCUUAUUUAAAAAACCAAAACGUGGCUGCGACAGUUUUUUUUUGAUCGUGGAGCCGCAGGCACGGGGGGGGGGGGGUAAAGGGAGUGCGAGGCAUGUUGACAUUUUGGCAUUCAGCAGCUGACAGAUGUUGGCUUUAAUAAUAAUAAAUUGUCUUUCAGCAGCUCAACAGCACCUUAAUGUGGGGUGGGUAGUCGUGUCCCUUUAAAGAGGGCCCGUGUCGAAUUUUGUAUGCUGAUGAGCUGCGUGCGAAUGGAGUGCUCUACCAAAAAAAAACAACUCCCAACCGUCUCGGCGUUAGAUUCUAAUUGGGAUUCGAGUGGUGGUGUCGUGGCCUGCGUCACCACAACGCUCGUGACAGUUUUGACAGGCCAGACCCCGGCCAGCGGGCUGUUUCUGCCAAAUUGAGCGAGAACUCAAUUUCCAAAUGGAUGUUGUUGCGUCGCUUGGGAUUGUUUUCACUAAGCUGGCUUAGCCAUGGCACUGCUGAGCAUAAUUUGGCGUAUUUGUGCAUAGAGCGCCUUUAUUAUAAGCAGACACUGCAAUGUAAAGAGCAUUGGCGUAAGCCGUGCCAAAUCAACAGACUGCUCACCCCGGACAUUUUAACGGAGAGGCAGUUUCACAAAUUUUUUGGAAGCUAAACCGCAUUUUGAGCAGGCAUGUAAUGAUAUGCCCCCCCCCUCCCACUGCAACCCCAUGAUUGGCAGCAAUUUCAAGAUGCGCGGUCACGAUUUGAUCGGAGAAGCAAGUGUUGUGUUGUUACUGUGCUGUUGCCGUGGUGUAAUGGUGAGCAACACUGAACUUGAAAUCAAUGAGGUCGCCGGUUAAAUUCCAUUUCGUGCCACAGCGCUUGAAGCAACAAUCGGGCAAGUUUAUACUGGUAGGAACCUCCUGGUUACACCAGCCCACAGGGGAUUAUUCUCUCCGUCCGUCCGUCGUGCAUCCAAAAAUGGGAGGGGUGGGGCUGGGUGGAGAGG